GCAAAAUGUUCCUCCUGUGAUUGGCUAAUAGACCGCAGACGUGGGCGGGGAUGUGACGCACUUUCAAAGUUCUGAUUGGCUAUAGGGUCUCACCAUUGUAUCUCCUCAUUGGCUGCUGAACGGGAUCGCAUCUGCCAGACACCGGCAUGGCGGCGAUCGGUGUGCAUUUGGGUUGCACGUGUGCCUGUGCAGCUGUAUAUAAGGUAACGGGGAGCACGGUGGCUGCGAUACACCGCGUGUGUUCAAUCAGCGCUGCCGGCAAAGCGCUCCUGUGACUGUCUCAUAGUGUCCGCUCAUUGCACACACAGUCUGCGGGCACAGAAUGCUAGCCAUUAACCCCUUAAGGACCAAACCGCUGGAAUAAGAUGGAAUCCUGACAUGUGUCCUUAAUGGGUUAAAACGGCUCCUGUUAUUUUAUCCGAAAUUAAAAUGUCCCUCUGUGCUCUGACCCAGUGUCCAUAGAUCACCAUGUAGGAUUUAGCUAAAUGGCUGAAUAAACUGCACUUGUUAUAGAAUAGGUUGUGCUAUGGUGGCAAUUUGAUAUAAAUAUUGUGCAUGUGAAUGAUGUAUAAAUGGGGGGGGGAGGGGGUUUGUGGAGUUAAGAUACAAAUGUAUUUGUUUUGUAAAAAUAAAAAAUAAACCACCACAGCCAUGCCAUAUUAUGGACCACAUGUUAAACGUUGCUGACAUCCUCCUUUGGUUUGAAAACCUUAUGAUUAUGGGCUUUCUUGUUUAAUUUGCACUGGCAUCUUAAUGCUGAGCUGUAGUCACUAUUUUUUUUUGGGAAAAAAUGAUUACAGUAGAAUGUUAGUUGAAAUCCCACUACAAUCAGAAGACUGCACAUUUAAUUUCUAAAACCCUCACCUAAAUAGAAAUGGUGAAACUCUUGGAGAUUAGAAGCAGAGGUCAUCAUAUGGUCACAUUAUUAAAUCUCAGUGUAUGUACAAAGGGCAAAAAGUAAGUAACUGAAACCUAAUUCCCUGUACAGCCAUGGCUUUCUGAGCCAACCAAGCAUUUGUGAGGCCAUAGUUUUGGUUCUCUAGAGAGUCGAAAUAGGUUCAGUUUUUGUGUGCCAUGUGCACACAUCGUAAAUUCCCUCCUUAUAUAUUACUGGUCCAGGGAGAAGGCUUAUAAGAGAUUUUGGAUAAGGAUAAGGUGACAAGAAUGUAGUCGAAACCCAGAUAAUUUGUCAAACUGUUUGCAAUCAAUAUGAUUAUUUAUAUUGAGAGUCACAGGGCACUGCUGGUGCUUGGAUUGUUCCGUUAAAUUCUUGUUUCAUAACAUGAAUGUUUUCCCACUAAGUGUAACCAAUAUGGCCUCAAUGUAAUAUUGUUGGAUAAACAUUUUAAAUGAUUUAAUAUUAUGAAAAAUAUUUUAAUUUUGUAUUUUUUUAUACUUUAAAAAUAUAUAUAUAUUUCUUUAAUUUUUAAUAUUGUGAAAAAGAAGUUUAAAAUGUUAUCCAAAAUAUUAAGUUCAGGCCCAUGUUUGACUUCCAAAUAAAGUGAAGUUCAUGUGGCUUUUAUGUUGUUGUACAAUCCCUAAUAAAUUGCAAAUAUAUAAUAGAUUUAUCUGGCAUUGUAAAAUGACAAUUCAUAUCUUAUUUAAAAAAAAAAAAAAAUGAAACAAAGAACAUGAUAUGGGCAUACCAAUACAAUACCUCUAUUUCUUUACAGGAUGGACGAGCAGAUGUCAUUGCAAAUGAUGCUGGAGACAGAGUCACACCCGCUGUUGUUGGAUUUUUGGAAAAAGAAGUGGUAUGUUUCUGCUUUUUUUCUCUGUUGAAUUGUCUUUCUGUUGUUUACAUUUUGUUUCAAAUUAAAUAUUAUUCAAUAAUCGCCCUCUAUAGAUGAUAGAAUGUCAUCUGUACAUCUUGCAGUCAUAUAUAUAGCUAUUCAUAUAUUGUAUUAAGGGUAGUUGUAAAAUAAUGAAGCAUUGCAGCUUAAAGGAACACUAUAUAGCAUUAUGAAUACAAACUUGCUAUCCUGUUCUAAUCACUAUUUAGAUGUCUGCCCCCUCCUUGCAAGGGUUGGAAAAAAAGUGUAUUACUUGCCUUAUUUUCCGCUUUGCUCUGGUCUUGCCGCUGCUUCCAUUCCUUGGCUGAGAUCAUCAGUCUUCCUCAUAGAGAAGCAUUUGGAGGCUAGUGCGCAUGCAUGGCAUAUUGCUGUGCUGAGCCAAUCAAAUGCCCUUGAUGAGCAGAAUUUGGUUGAUUAUGGCUGUCGGGAAGAGGUGUGUUAACCCUGCGAUGAAAACAUUGCUGGAUCUACAAAACUGCAGGGUUUUACAUUGCAGUGGUAAAAGGACAGGACUACCGCACCCAGACCACUUCAUUGUAAUGAUUUUUUUCUGAGGAGAAUCCUAUUAGCUCAGCAUGGCAAUUGUUGGGUAUGCACAAUACAGUCAUAAAUACUUCUCUAUGGAGCAGCUUUUAACUGGCUGAGAUCAUCUGUCUAGAUGAGCUCCCAAGAAGGAGGCAUGAAGGCUGUUGUAAGGCCAGUACAGGCUGGAAUAAAGGUCAGUUUAACUUCAAUUUCUUCAUUUAUAUGGGGGCCCUACAGUUGAAAAUGGACCAGGGACACACUAGCAUUAUAAAUACCUACAUGUAUUUAUAAUGUCAGUACUCAUGUAGCAAAUAGUAAAAACAUAUACAUUGGCACAGAAUUCUGAACUGUCAACUUUGUUAAUCUGUGAAAUGUUCUCACACAUGCCCUAUUCCAUCUGCUCAGUACUGGAAUUCAUGUAGUUGUUUUUUGCUGAUGAAACCUGGAUGCAAAGUUCAGGUAAGUAUUUGAAUUAUUUAAAAGACUUUAAAAGGGAGAACACUUUAACCCCUUAAGGACCAAACUUCUGGAAUAAAAGGGAAUCCUGACAUGUCACACAUGUCAUGUGUCCUUAAGGGGUUAAAGGGACACUAUAGUCACCAGUGCAACUACAUGUAUUCCUGACCCUAUAGUGUUAACACCACCAUCUAGCUCCCCUGGGCCCCUCAUGCCCUUUAAGCUCUACUCCUGUUCAAGUAAGUCGUGGGAUAUUUCAUGUAUAAAUUUGUAGGUGGUUUUGCUAGCAUGAUUACAUUAUUAUAGUUACUCAAAGUAGACCUCUGUAGUUGAAAGACCACUUUUAGUAUAAUUUAAUCCGUUGCUAUUAUUUUCUUUUCCAGAUUGUUGGCUUGGCAGCAAAACAAAGCAGAGUAAGAAAUGCAUCAAACACGAUUGUGAAAGUAAAGCAGAUUCUCGGAAGGAGGUAAAAACAGUUUAAAAAAGCUGUCAAAGUGCUGUCUAUCAAUCUGUCUUUACUGUCUCUAUUUUUGCUGUAUUGCCAAUGUGUAUUUGGACCUUUGGAUGUCUGCCAGUUUUAUCCUUAUGCAUUUGCAACCUCCUUAAAGAGCCGCCCGAUGAAACAUUCAUUGCCGUCUUUGCCUAUUAUAUUGUUAGUUUUUUUUUUCUAAUUUUUGCAUUUGUUUCAUAUGAAUUUAUGGCACCUGGUAUUUGUAUAUGUUUUUCUUUCUCCUCAGCUGGAAUAUAGAUUCGUUUGAUGUAAUUGUGAGGGUCUAGCUAUGGCAGUUUAUUGUAAAUGUAUAUUAAAGAAGCGCGUUUCAGUGCUAGGUGCCCACAAAUGCACGAUGAGGGAUAAAUACAUUCUGAACCCUUGUAGAUCCAGUACUGGAGGCAUCGUUUGGGGUUAGAGCAAGAAGAGUUUAACCACUUAAGGUAAAAAAGCACCCAGGGGACUCCUAACACCACAGCGACUUAAUUUAGGUGAAGUUGUUAUGGCGACUGGAGUGUUCCUUUAAGCAAUAUCGCUUGUGCCCAAUGGAUACCGGUUAAUGUUAAACUGAACAAAGGCUGUUUUAUUCCUUACUGUGGGACGGCACAAGAUGAUUCCUGGAAUUAUAACCAAUACAGCAUUCUGAAGUGGUUGUGUUGCUUUUGAGUGUCGCAGUAAAGCACAGCCAUGUCAGACAUAUUGGAAUAUUCUAAUAUCUAAUGUAGACCAUAGGCUGUUACUCAUUGUAACUAAACAAAGUUAAGUGUUUUAGCACACAUCACAGAGAAAAUGUACAGAUGCGGGAGUCAGGCAUUUGUGUGUGUGUGUAUGUGUGUGUUUUUUUUUUUACUUUUACUGGCAUCACCCAAAGCUUGUUAUGUUUCUACCUUAUCUGCAUGCAGUGAACACUUACUUGAGUGGGAUAAAAUGGAACUAUCAGAAACAAGUGUUCCUUCCUUUAACUUGAAUGCUGAAAUUACUUGCAUUUAUUGUCAUAUUGUGUAUUUUUCAGCCCUGAUGACCCACAAGCCAAGAAACACAUCUCUGAAAGCAAAUGCACAGUAAGCAAUUUUGAAACAGAAAAUAAAGAUCAUUAUGAGAACACUAUUAAAUAAUCAAUACUUGCUUAGUAGUAGUAGGUCUAUUGUAGAUGUGCCAGGUUUUCUUUGUUCUUCUCGCUACAAAAACAUUAUGCUUUACAGUAAAUAUUUGUUUUAACCUUUAUUUAGCAUUUGAAAUGUCGUAAACUGAUUAAACAAGCUGGAAUCCAAUACUCAUCACAAAAUACAAGCAAAUCCUGCUAUGAUUAUAUUGAUCUCUUUGAUGAAAGUUACAUAUAGUAUGUGAGCUUAGAUAGAGUAGAAUAGUAUAGUUUGGUCCAGAGAUAAUAGUAACGCAAAACCGGCACCUGGUCAGUGUGUCUAUCAAGUACCCCAGCAGAAGAAAAAAAAUUGACCGGUAUUUAUUUAUUUUUCUCUAGAAAGCAGUCACAUACUUUCCAGUCUAUUGCAAGUGUGUUAAAACAGUGACUGGUUGGUUUAUAGGAAUAUAAACAAAUUUCAAUAAAAAUCGAUUUCUUAUUUAUUAAUAAAACCACAUCUACUGGAUAGUUGUGCAAAUGGGAAAAUCCUUCAUACAUGGAGUGUUGCAAAUGGAAUAGUUGGUGUUUCGGUAUAGUUGAUCUUGUUGCAUAGUGAAAUGCUGUUUGAAUCAAUAAAUAUUGUAGAUCAUUUUAUUCAAUGACUUGGAGACAUGUGAAGGGGCAAGCCAGCUUUUCUUGAAUUUACUUUAAAGUCCUGUGUUUUCCUGCCUUUGUUUCCAGGUUAUUGAAAAAGGAGGAAAACUCCGAUAUGAGAUCGAGACAGAGGAAGCGGUCAAACUUGUAAGCCCAGAAGAUGUUGCCAAGCUAAUUUUCAGUAAAAUGAAAGGUAUGAUUAAUAUGUCUGAUUUUGAGCAGUAAUAUUUGAUUGUCUGUUUAUGCUUUAACUUGUGUUUUUUGUUUUUGUCUAGAAACUGCACAGUCUGCUAUUGGGUCAGAUAUCAAUGAUGUAGUUAUCACUGUUCCUUUUGAUUUUGGAACAAAUCAGAAAAAAGCUCUUGGGUAAGAAUCAUUUUGUUUCUGCUUGAAAUACAGUUCUCAUUCUGAGCCUCUCAAUACUGGUUCCCUUUGUGUACGUUGAUAGCUUAAUAUAGUGAUCCAAAGGUAGCCUAUUAACCCCUUAAGGACCAAACUUCUGGAAUAAAAGGGAAUCAUGACAUGUCACACAUGUCAUGUGUCCUUAAGGGGUUAAUAUCAUUCUGCUCUAUUAUUAUCUUUAAAAACAGAAUUUAAAUCAUCUUAGAACUAUAUAUGUUUUUAAAUAUAAUCCUCCUUUCAUCAAGUUUUGAAAGGAAUUUUUUUUUUUUUCAUUUUUAUAAAGUGAAGUAUAUUUAAAUAAAAAUAAAUGAGGAUAACUCAUCCGUACAUUUUUAGAAUAUGACCAGAUCCUUCAGCUAUAUACUGCACAUGCACCUUGGGUCAGACAGUGUUUGAAAACUGACAAUUGGUAUCCAUUAUUUUUUUGUGCUUCACUUCCUGCACAGAAACAGGGAAGAUGAGAGAGCCUAAUAUUUGGACGCAUUCUGUAUACUGCUUUCAUUAAUGCAAUAAUAAGUGGAUUGGCUGCUAAAUUAGUAAUGGUAAAAUUACUGAUGCUGUGACCUUUUAAAGGGACACUCCACUGUACAAAUACAAAAUAAACAUAGAUGUACUCCAAAUGAAAACUUGCAUGCUUUUAAUUAUGCAUUUUUUAAUUGUGGUAGAUCUAAAGCUGCAUUUCUGCCUUUGCAAUCCCUCCCCUUCUAACCCUGCCCAGACAUUCUGUGGCUGUCCAGACUAGAGGGCACUAUAUAGAUUUGUAUUCCUAACAAUAUAGAAUCCCUUUAAUGCAAACAUUUUACAUCCUAGGUCCAGCCUGUCCUUCCCUAAGGAACAGUCGCUAAACACAAUUGUUAAUAUUGCCUUUAUCUGUAUGGGGGUGAAAAAGGCAUUCCAUUUUUAAAUGCACAAACCUGCUUUCUGAUCUUGGUAACUGUGCCGCAUUGAAGAGGUGAUUAAAGCUUUGGUUCUCAGUUGGAAAAGGGACCACACUGAGCCAGAAGUCAAAGUUAGUGUAACUCAGACAAAGAGAUGGCAAGCUCUCUAGUAUAAUUUCUAGUAGUUCAAUAGAGUAGGCACAAAACCGCUUUGAUUCAGUUGCUCUCAAAACUGGUCAGGAUAUAAUAAAGAAUAAUAUGAAACAAAAUACACAUCACCUACACUAUUCUCUUACUCUCUUAAAUACUCAUGGAUCAGCAAAUGGAUAAUAUUAGAUAGAUCAUACAUUUUAUUAACCAAUUAAUUAAAAUAUUGAAGUUUUAAAAAUAUAUUCACAAGUUGUAAAAACACUACCAUAAGUGAAGAACUACCUCAUAUUGGGUAUACCAUCAAUAAUACAGUUGAUCAAAGUCUUUAUUAGCUUGCACCCCUGUAAGGCUAUUAAAUAAACCAUUGAAAAACACCUAUAAUUUGUGAUGUUCUUGUUUUCUUACAUUAGAGAUGUAUCCGAUACAUCGUGACCCAGGCACAGUCUCAGGGUGCAUUGUAAAUGAGGAGAAGAAAAAGAAAAAUCCAUGAUUAUUCACUAAUGCGAGAAUUGUCCAUUGGAAUUAAAAACUAAAUUUUCUUAUUAUCCAAGGCCAAAGUAGCCAACUGGAAGCAUAGCUGAGUUGGAGAAUGUUUCCAAUUUAUUUUCAAUUCCCAACAAUUCUCACUUCAGUGAAUAACCCUUUUUUUAUUUCUCCUCUUUUCUUUGAUUUCUGUAUGCUGACUGCCGGUUGCAAAAGAGAGAACUAUCACUGACAUGGAGCCAAGAUGGAGACAUCCAGUUUCAAGAUGUUGAUUUACGUUUAAUUUUAUUUUUACACCUCACGAUGCAUAUGUUUAAAUGUAGGAGUUACGUAAACAUAAUAUGAAUGAGAAAUGUCCAUUUUCCUUUGCAUAAUUGUUUAAAUUCCCAUCGGCAUCAUUUACAUUUCCCAUUCUAACUGUUAAGUAUUCACUGUAUCUGAUUGCAGGGAAGCAGCAGCUUCUGCAGGGUUUAAUAUAUUGCGUAUGGUUCAUGAGCCUUCUGCUGCUCUUUUGGCAUAUGGGAUUGGUCAAGAUUCACCUGCUGGUAAAAGGUAUGUUUUUUUGCUCAUUUUCAUUUUUGUAGUUGUUUUUUGAGCAGACUGACAAAAACCAAGGGUCUCCCAGCAUCUCAAGCCUGGCCUCUGCAGUGCAUCAUAUUGCUGUAGUUCCUACCACCACAAAGCUUGCAGCCUGUCAUUUGCAUCCAAGGGUGGACAACUUUGGAUGGAUAUUUCUGUUAUCAAGUGGAAGAUGAGAGGAUGGGCUUUAGGUGACAGAAGUGCCCUAGGUUUGGUCAAACAGCUUGUACAGCACCCAACGAUUCUCUGGACCACUACCUCUACGAGUUCCUAUUUCAGACCUACCAUUCUCCAUAGAAGCAAGAUGUAUUUCUAGAUUAAUAAAAUCAUUUUGAGAAUACUUAUCUGUACAAAUCUGGUGCUUGUAAAGGUUAAAUCAAUUCUUGUACCAUGUAAUAGAUUUAGAAUGCUCUAUUAACCUUAUGUACUAAUGAAUUGUAGGACUUUGGCUCAGUAGUGAAAAUGCACAGUAGUGUGUUUUUAUUUUUUUAUUUUGAUACAUAUUUCACGUCAUACUGUAAUCUAGCAGCUUCCAAACAUUGUGCACAACUAAAAGGUCAGAAUUUAAUGCUUUUCUCAGUUUCUAAAUGGGGCACUCUAAGCAAGAUAACCACUACAGUUAAGUAUAGUAUUUAUUUUGCCACAAGUUCUCUGGUACUGUCCAUCAGUUUAAUAACAAACCAUUAGAGUACGGUUUGAUGUAAACAAGGGGCUUUUCUCGGUGCUCAGGAAGCACCAUCAUCUUGACAAAUUUUAUAAUAUGGAAUUAAAGGGGCACUCUUAUGUAACACCAGGACCACACAGCACUCUGUAGUGGUUAUUGUGUUUUGUUUCCUUAAUUAGAUGGAAUUCAUGUGACAGUCUCCGCCAAUAAAAUCCAUCCUAAAAUAGACAAAAUUGAUGUCAGUAAUGCGGAAGUAAGAACUUAUUGGGUGACAGCGGUACUGGAUUCCUGCCGCCAUAACUACUACAUUACACUAUAAUGGUUGAGGUGCUUAGAGUUCCCUUUAAUCACUUCUGUGUUAUUGGUUUCAGUUUCUUCCAUCAUGGAAACUAAUUCACUCCUCCACUUUCAGCCAGUCCGCGUUUUUCAAGUUUGAUACUUUUCUAGGGAACCAAGCCAGGACACAACAGGCAACAUAAUUACUACAGUGAGCUGUUGUGGUUAUGUUGCCUAGAGUGUCCCUUUUUAAUAGAACUGUUCAAUUGGAGGAACAAUAACUAACUUAUUUGCUUAGCCCUCUAUAAUCUACCAAGCUUGCUUAAGAGCAUUGCCUGGAAGGGAACAUACUGCUUUGCAGAUUUAAAGUACUUUAAAGGAACACUAGUGUCAGAAACACAAACGUCUAUUCCUGACCCUAUAGUGUUAAAAACACUAUUUGGCCAUUUAGCCUCCCCCUUAAAAACAAUAAAAACUCACCUUUAUUCCAGCACUGCCAGAGAUGCAUUGAAUCAUUGCUGCAUGUUGUAAAAGGCAGUAUUUACGAAAAUGCCUGCCUGCAGGGACAAUCUAUAGACGCCAGAGCAUUAAACUGUAGUUGAUCUGGUGACUUUGGUGUCCCUUUAAAUGCACUUGACUACUAUUCUAAGGAUGAACCAUUCUGCCUUUUUACAAAGUAUGGUCCAAAUGUUCCAGUUACAUAUGUACUUGUUUCUUGUUGCAGCAAUGUUUUGGUGUACAAACUGGGAGGAACAUCCCUUUCUGUCACUAUGAUAGAGGUUAAUAGCGGGAUAUAUCGUGUUCUUGCUACAAAAACGUAUGAUGGAAUCGGAGGUGUGUGUUUCACUGAGGCGUUGGCGCAGCAUCUUGCAUCUGAAUUUCAACGGUAAGGGAUUUAGCCUACAUAUAAGACUCUGGUAAAGUCAGUCUGUGUGAUAGCUAAUGAAUAUGCCUCCAGGAAGCCAAUGUGUUAUUUUGUAACUUACUUUAUCUAAAUUCUCAGAGUAAAGUUACCAGAAGUGUAUUGCAAGAUUAGGACAUAAUGUUUCAAGAGGGCCAAUAGAGACAUUCCUCUGGUUUCUAUAGUAAUGGCUCCAAUUUCAUAGCCCUGCUUAGUAACAUACAUCACCAUUGUUCAAAACAAGAGUAUUUUAAAAUUAUGUAUCACUAUAGAGUUGGUCAAUACAGAAGGUCAAGUAAAAAAGCAUUAUAUCUAUAAAUUUAAAUUCUUCCUUUUUUCUUUUUAUCCCUUUCCCUCAGGUCCUACAAACAGGACAUUCGGGGCAAUGCACGUGCUAUGAUGAAGCUGAUGAACAGUGCUGAUCUAGCAAAGCACACCUUGUCCACAUUAGGAAGCUCCAAUUGCUUUGUGGACUCUUUGCAUGAUGGUAUAGACUUUGACUGUGCAGUUUCUAGGUGAGUCACAUCCCAAAGGCUGGGCAGCCAUUGGUACAAUGUCUCAUGAAUAUGUGGUUCCCUCUGCAUGCAUGGUCUUGCGAGAUGUUUUGUUAAUAUACCAGUCUUGCUGAAGGAUAUCUGAGCUGCACUAGAAGGCCAUUUCUUGUAAGACCGCUUUUGCGUCUUUUUGAGCUGCUUUACAUUGCCAGAUGGUGAGCAAGGGUUUCACUACAAGUACUGUACAAGUGAUUAGAAAGCACUUUGAUUUAAUAUUUUUCUGAUCAUCUGAUGAUAAGAUCUAUAUUAUAACUUGAAAGGUUUCUUCCAUCUAUAUAUCUGUAAAGGUGUGUGUGUGUGUGUGUGUGUGUGUAUAUGUGUAUAUAUAUAUAUAUAUAUAUAUAUAUAUAUAUAUAUAUAUGUUCUUUUGCUAGUGCAUUUGUAUCACUGUCAAUCUCUUCAAGGCUUACUAGUCAUUCAACAAACAAAUCCGAUUUGGUGCUGAAACAAAAUCAUAGCUGACUUGGGGAAUUUUAACAAUUUCGGCUUUAAAGGGAUACUAUAGGCACCUGAAACACUUCAUCUCAUUGAAUUGGUCUGGGUGCAGUGCCCCUGUUCCCUUAACCCUGCAAGUGAAAAUAUUCAUUUUGCAGGGUUGAGACUGCCUCUGGAGGUGCUGCCUGGCUUUUCAUGCAGUUUAACUCCAUGAAGCGACACAAAAUGUACUUAGAACGUCUAGCGUCUUCAAUAUUCCCAUAGGAACAUAUGGAUUCAAUGCUUUCCUAUGGAAAAGGAAUAAAGGGCGUGUGAUGCUCACUGCGCAUGUGUGUUAGGUUGCCAGAUUACUGUGACGUCGGAGGAGGAGACUGAGCCUGCGCCAAACGACCUUGGUGCUGGAAAGAGGUAAGUGUUUAAAGUUUGUUUUUUAUGUUUGUUGUUUUUUUGUUUUGUUUUUUUUAACCUUUUCAACACUGGGGUGGGAUAAGUGUUUGUCAGAGAGAUGCUAUAGUGUUCCUUUAAACUGGAAAUUCACUUUAUCACUUUAGUAUAUGUCCCAUUAAAGGGUCAAUUUAACAUCGUAACCACUUGGUCUCCUUGUAUAAAUUGCAUUGCAGCAGCUUAUUGUGUCUGCCUCUCUUCAUUCAAUAUUAUGUGUUCAAUACUAUUCAAUACAGUAAUUGAGAAACUUCUCUGUGGUAAUAUGCCCAUUACCCCACAGUGAAUGCACCUGGCCUUUGCAAGAUCUUGAAUGUCUUCAAAGUGUUUGAGGGACACAUUUAGUGGACACAUUUAGUUCCAAAACUACUACUUCUUCUUGUAGUGGUUUUUGAUCUAAGACCCAGUUUCUACAGUCUGACAAAUGUCAUACAGUCUCUGAGAAACACAAUGUUUACUUUUGCCGGUCACCAUACCUCUAUGGCUGUAAAUAGGAUGGUCAGUAGAGGCACUUCCUAGUUAAAGGGUCACUCCAGGCACCCAGACCACUUCUGCCCAUUGGAGUGUUCUGGGUGCCAACUCAAUUUGUAAUUAUUGCAGUUUUUAUAAAUUACAAUAAUUACCUUGUAGGGUUAAGUCGUCCUCUAGUGGCUAUCAGCCAGACACUAGAGGGACCUCCAGAUUCUUAAAACCCUGGAAAAUGUUUUAAACGAAGCUGGACAUCCUCAUGCUAUGCAUGAGGGCCUCCAGUGUCUCCGGAAGUCCCAUAGGAAAGCAUUAAAUAAUGCUUUCCUAUGGGGAGGUCUAAUGUGUGUGGCCAUUGCUGCGCAUGCGCAUUAGGUCUCCCCUGCCGGCUGACUUGUUUCUUGUAGGUAAGUCACUAAAGGGGUAUUAACCCCUUCAACAACAUGGGGUGGGAGGGAGAGGGGCACUGCAGGAAGCUGCAGUUCCAAGAAAAUGGAUAUGUUUAAGACUUCUAAUAACUGAAAGUCUUCAUGUUCAGCGUAAACACGACCAGCCUGAUGAAGACAAAAGCUGUGCAUGCUUUUCAUAGAGAAGCAUUGUGAAAAUUCAUCAGAUUGGAACCACAAGGCUAUUGCCACCCAUAUGCAGUAGGCCCCUAGUGUUUCUCUAUGAGAAGCAUUGGAUUGUCUCUAGAUCAUCAUUCCUAAACUCCUCAUGCUCAUUUUUGGUCUGUGCUUACGGUAUGCACCUUUGGCAGAUCCAGCUCUCUGUACACUUUCCUUCUAGCCUGACACUCCUUUCUCAGUGCUAGCUAAGUAAUCGUACUACCAAGUGCAGAAUCAGGGGAACGCAGGCAGUGAAUUGCACCUGCCUGAGCUUUUUCUACCACUUUGGGUGUAGGGCCAGUCAGAUCUUUUCCGCUUGAGUGCCGUGCAUGAUGCCUUCAGGUGCAAACACUUAUUUCUCCUUCUGGUAGGACUGGCUCUGAAGAUACAUAAAUGCAGAUUUUAAACCAGAAGUGUUAUUUCAAAGAGAAACUAUUGGAGAGAAAACUAAUAUUAAUUAAAAAUAAAUAAAUGAAAUAUAUAUAUAUAUAUUGUGUUUUUUAUUUACGUAAAUAAAAAGUUCCCAUCAGAUAUGUUAUUUAGUUGGUCAGCCCACAGAUAGAGGCAGACAGCACUCUAACCAGGAAGAGACCUUAGGAGUAUCUCAGUCUGGUCUAUGGGGUCCAGUCUGUGGCUCACCUUUGAGAGCCCAGCCCAAAUUGUGAAUGAUUGUUGUGCACGCUCUAUGCAAAACCUAUACAAAAUGAAUACCAAUUGGAAACUCUGAGGGGACUUGCUUAGAGCAGCAGCAAUUUUUACAAAUUGCUGCAGUUCUAAGCAACUCUCAGAGCUGAAAACAGUAUACUAUUGCACCAUUAACUUUGUAAUUAUUUGAAGUUGUGAUGGUGCUUAAUGAUAGCACUUAUCCUUUCUGUGUGUCUGCACUUCUCACACACACAAUAAAUAGUACUUUUAUGGUGACUUAAAUAUGGUUUGACAACUUAUGCUGUAAUACAUUUCCUUUAUGUUCAGGGCCCGGUUUGAACUCAUCUGCUCUUCACUGUUUACUCAGUGCAUUGACCCCAUAAAAAGCCUGUUGGAGCAAGUUGGAUUCCAGACUACUGAUGUGAAUCAGGUGAGGGGCAUGCAAGUACUGGCUGCUUCUUUUGUUUUUUUUAAUAAACUACGUCAGUUUCCUGAAAUACCAUUGACAUACUUCACCAGGUAAAAGAAUUUAAUGAAAACAUUUCACAGAAACAAGUAACCUCAUGAUUGUCAUCUGUUGACAAAAGCACAGACAGAUUCUGAAUGUCCUGGAAUCCUGUUUCCAGUGUCAAAAUAGUUUCUUAGAGGGUGUUUGUCACUUUACCUAGAGCUCAUGCUCUUUUUAAACAGCAUAACAAAUUUCUCUGUUCAUUGUGCUAGCAAAUGUAUUGGGAGAAAAUCAUUUUUAAAAAUAGAUCAUUCUUCCACAUGUCGGUCAAUUCUUCAGCAUGGUAUCUAUGCAGUAUAUUGACUGAUAAGGGAAAACAGUACAGACCUCGAUCAGGUGGUCCUUUUCCUCUCCACAUAUAUGUGCUGUGGUUGCUAUGGUAACUACAUAGCUAACACUUGCUAGGGAGUAAAGAGAAGAGACUGGUGUCACUCCAUUCAGAUGCUAGUGGCAAGUGAAAGUUUUGAACUCUGAUCUAGAAUGUUCCUUUAACUAGGAAGAAGCUGUAAAUUGAUGAGAUUAGAACGUGUUGCCUUUUGUCAGCCUACAUUCAUUGGCAUGCAUCUAACUGACAUCACUAUAGUAUGCCAUGGUCUCAUUGGCUGUAAGCAACUGGAGACAGAAGUACAUUUGAACAUACGAUUUUUCAUCAUUAGAGAUUUUGAAAACCAGCUUAAUGAAUAUAUACAACAAUUAAUGUUUCUCGGCAUUAACCAGUUCUGUUUAAUUUACUGCCAUACAAUUUAAUGAUUGUCAUUUGUAGUACUUAUCUGUAAUCACUAUUUACUCUCCUUUUCAGGUAGUUCUGUGUGGUGGUUCAGCUCGAAUUCCCAAGCUGCAACAACUCAUCAAAGACUUGUUUCCAGAGGUGGAACUUCUCAGCAGCAUCCCACCCGAUGAGGUUAUUCCUAUCGGAGCUGCCAUACAGGCUGGGAUAUUACUUGGCAAAGACAACCUGGCCACUGAUUUGGACACUAUAACCAUUGAGUGCGCUGCUAGUAACAUAUUUGUAAAGGUUUGUGUAUACAUUGUUAAAUAACAAUUGCAGUAAGAUUGAACAGUAUAUUUGUACAGAUUUCCUUCUUUGUCAUGUAUUGCCAUAUAAAUUAUAAAUAUUUGAUAACGGUACUUUCAGUAUAACUGCAAACAAAAAUAUACAAACUGGAUGUGUAUGUGUUAUAGAUCUAGCAAAAUGUAUAUAGCGUAUGGUUUUUCUUUGACUGUGUAUUGUGGCGUUAGUGCAGCACAUUCUCACAUAACAGAAAUCACAUUGCAAAUAUCAAGUGAUCUUUUUGUAAGCUUUGAGGGUGUUUAUUUCUACAUAAAUUAUGUAUUUGACUUAAGCAUAUAUAUAUUUUUUUCUUUACAGGAAAUAGAAGAGUCUGGGGCAGAGACAUUUACGCUUUUGUUGCCAUCAGGGACCCCUCUUCCUGCCCGUAGACAGCACACAUUACAGGCUCCUGGGAAAAUUUCCUCUGUGUGUUUGGAACUGUACGAGUCUUCUGGCAUACCCAAUGUGGCAGAUCCAUGUAAAUUUGCACAGGUAGAUACUAUCAAUUUCUAUGAAUAUGUAAUGUUAUAUUUAAUCUGUAAGACCUAUGUUAUCAGUUGAUAAAUCUGGUGAAUAGAUUUGCAAACUAGAUAUUUCCUGUUUUUAUUUUCCAUGCCUAGAUCAAUUCAUACUUAUCAUAUGUCCAAAUGUAUAAACUGUGCACAUGACAAAUUUAUAAUUAAAAUAAUAAUAAUGGAAUUUCACUUUGAAUUAACUGCAAUUAUCACUUUAGUCAGUAACUUUAAAGGGACAUUCCAAUGCACAAAAUAAAUUAAAACCAUUUUUUAGUAGAUAUACCCCAAGUUAAAACUUGCAUGCAUUUAAUUAUGCAUUUUUUCAUUGGAGUUAUAUGUAAAAACAGCAAAAAAUUGAGUUCUCUUGUCUGCUGCCUUUGCUAGCUCUCCUCUUCUAAUCCCACCCAGACAUUCUGUGGCUGUCCAAUCACAGAUUUCCCAUUGCAGCUCAAUGAGAAGUCUUUGCAACUCAGGUGCUCUGGGCAAUUGUGUUCAGUGCAACUAAGCUACCCGAACCAGGGAGUUACAGACAUGUUGUCUGUUUGAAAGCCAAAGGGGUGUAACCAGUAUAAUUUAUACAAGUUUACAUUUCUUUUAAAAUCUGCACUAUUCAAAAAAUGAAUAAACACACUCUCUUUACUCUUAAAGCAAGCUAAAGUGGGUUAGUGAUCAGGAGUGUCCCUUCAAGGUUCUGUACUCCUCAUUGACUGAAGACUAUGCCUGGGAUAAAGACGAGGGCUUGCAAAGGCUGCAGACAACUGGGCUCCAGCUUUUUGCAAGCUGUUUUUAAUGACUCCCGAAAAUGGGGGGAAAAAAAUACAUGUUUUCUAUUUCUACUAAAUAGUUUAAAAAAAAAAAAAAAAAAAUUCAAUGGAGUUCCUUUACAUGUGCUACAAACCACUUGCAGUCUUGGCUAAUAAAGUGUGUGCUUGAACCUUGGCAUCAUAUUGGAAUGGUUCAAUUUUAUUUAUUACUGGUGGUUAUAAAGCGCCAACAUAUUCCGCAGCACUGUACAAUAAACAUAUAACACUGCUUCCCAUUGGAGCUUUCUUUGUAAUUUUGUUUUCCCCAUUUAUAUAAGGGAUACUUUGCUCAUUAAAUACAUUUCCUGUUACAGAUUGUUUUGAAAGAUUUGCAAAAGAAAGCCAGUGGCGUCCAUGACAUAGUGACUGUGCUUACAAUGAAGAGGUAACGUAUCGCAAGAUUCAUUAAAUGCUGCAGUAGUCCAUGUGGAAUUGUCAGUCAUUAUUCUUAGUCUUAAAAUGUUCAAAUAAAAAAUGUUUGCAUUUGAUAUGUUUUUUGCAGGAUUGCUAUUUAUUUUUUUAUUUUUUUUAAUAUCCUGCAUUUCCAGACCGCUUUUAAAAUAUUUGGCAAAACGGGUUCUACAUUGUAGUUUUUCAGUUAGAUGCUACCUUUUAACCAUUACAGUGUCAAGUGAAGUCAUUUAUCAUAAAUAAUGAACAUGUUUUGUGUAUAAUAGUGUAUGUAAGAGGGCAUUCAAAUAACCACAGCUACCAAUCCUGGAAAACAUUCAAAGUAAAAUUCAAAGGAGCAAUGUUUACAGAUACAAAAUGUAUUAAAAAACAUUGAUCAAAUGCAAUACAUUCUCAAAUAUUUUCUCGCUUUGUGAAUAGACCUUGUGUUUUGUAGUGUAUUAUAGAUUUGUUUUAUAAAACUACAAGUCUUUAUUCACUAAGUGGAAUAGUGAGUUCAUGAUUUGAAGUCACAAUAGGUGAAAUGGAACAAUUGUCUAUCUCUGCAAUUUCUUCAGCUUUUGUAAUUUUGACAAAAAUGUUUAAAACUUGCUUCUUGAAGAACUCUCUACAGAGCAGAGUUUAAUCUAUGAAGAUAUGUUAGAAAACAUGACACAGUCUACUGGAUAUCUGCAUAUUCCAGCUCGAUUUGCCUUUAGUAAAUGGAAUUGCAAAUUUGGUUUAAGUAUUCCUGUUACUUGAUAACCACUUGCCAGCUAAUACAUUUUAUAUAUAUGUUAACCUUUUGGUGUACCUCCUAGUGGAUGGAUGUGAAUAUGUCACACAUUAGUUUAUUUAUGUACUGUGGUAAAGUCAUAAAGGUGUUGGCAUACAGAGAGUGAUGUGACAUUUAAAAUAAAAUUAAAUGCAUAAAAUGAGCUUAAGAGACUUAUGUACAUAAUAGAAAAGUGUGAAAUGUAUUGUUUUCUUAUUUUUACUUUUUUGUUUUUACUCUUUUUAGAGAUGGAUCAUUACACAUCACUUGUACUGAUAAAGACUCUGGGAAGUCGGAAAUGAUCACGGUUGAAGAGACUUCUUAGUUUGGGCCUUUUUUCGGAUGUGCUGCUUCAGAUCACAGCCUGAUAGUGCAGUAGUAGGAAUUUCAGUUGUCAAAUUCUCUUGACAAUUCAUUUAUCAACUUAAACAUGACAAGACAAAUCACUUGUGACGGCCAACAAAAAAAAUAAAGAUAAUCUUUUUCUCCUCAUAGGACACAUCUGUGCCUCAAAUUUCAAAACCUAUUAUGGGCAUGAGUAUUUUUUUGGUGUUAAACUGACAAUUCAACAUGUUGAAGGACAACUGCAAUUUGAUGUUUUUAUUUCUUUUGUAUGCAAUAAGUUACAUUCUGUAAGGUUUGGAAAUAAUUCAACAGAAGACUGGAAGUGUCGAUUGUAUUAUAUUAUGCUUUCACCCAUGAACAUUGUAUGUUAAGUUUUUAGUAAAAUCACUUUCUACUACGCUUGCCUACCUGCAUCUAACAUAAUCUCGUUAAAAAAAAUUGCACAUUUCACACUUAUAGAAUAAAGAAAUCUCCUAUUUUGUUUAACAUGCACUAUGUUAAGUAGUGCUAAAAAUAAAAAUUUUCUCCUUGUAAUUGAAAUGUCCGCUAAGUAAGCCAAGUAGAUCCUACUAUUCUAAAUGCUAUAAAAAAUGGAAAAUACUUAGUCAAGACAGUGUAUUGACAGACAGAUUACUUAAUAUAGUGCAUGUUGGACAAAAUAAGAGACUUCUUUACUCGUUUAUGAACU